UAAAAAAUAAUUCACUCCAAAAGAAUAAAGAUUUCAAUAGGUUUAUCAUGAAAUCCCGUUGACUUUCAUUUUGGGAAGCAAAGGCUAUAGAUGAACCCCAAAACAAUAAUGAUUUAAAUAGGUUUAUGAUGAAGCCUCAUUAAUUUUCUUUAUAGAUACACAAACAGUUGUUCAACACACAGCUAUUGUCAUUAUUGGAAUCGUUGAAGAAAAUGGAGAAGAUGCAGGAGUGCCCUUUCCAACAAGGGAAAAUUACCCACCAGAAAUCUAUAGAUGAAAAUGGUCUCCUCUUUCCCAUGGUUCUCCUCCCCCAAGAUAACAAAGAGGAAUUUAAUACCUUACAAUCAUUUCUUCACACCAUUCAAAACAACAGAGAGUGGAUCAACGAUCAUCUGAAGAAAGUUGGGGCAUUGCUUUUCAGAGGAUUUGCGGUGAAAACUGCAUCAGAUUUCAAUAUGGUUAUGGAGGCUUUUGGUUGGGAAGAAAAGCCUUAUGGGGGCGGAGCUUCAAGAACAAGGAUUGAGGGAAGAGUUUUUACUGCCAAUGAAGCUCCUCUCCAUCAACCCAUUAAAUUCCACCACGAGAUGUCUUCGUUUGAGCCUUUUCCAAGCAAAAUAGCCUUUUUCUGUGAGAUUCCUCCUUCAGAAGGUGGGCAGACCGCCAUUUUAUUGAGCCAUAAGAUUACUGAAAGAAUGGAAGAGAAAUAUCCAGAACUAGUAAGCAAGAUGGAGAAAGAAGGGGUGAUUGAUGUGUUCACUUUUGCUGCAGAGGACGAUCCCGAUUUUUACCUAACAGGCUGGCAAACUUUGUACAAAACCAAGGAUAAGGAAGAAGCAGAAAGGAGGGCUGCAAAUUCAGGGCUAAAGCUGUCCAAAGUGAGUUGGGAUGGGGAAAAUAUGAUCCUUCAUAUAGGACCUAAUAAUUCUAUCAGAAAAGUAGAUGGUAACAAGAAAACUUGGUUCAAUUUGUUAGCAUUUAGAGAUGCAAACGAGCCGCGUAAACUAGGAGAUGGAUCUGCGGUUCCUAGAGAGGCCAUUGAAUCAUGCCUCCAAAUUGCAGAAGAGGAAGCUUUUGAUCUGAAAUGGGAGGCUGGAGAUGUGGUUGUGUUAGAUAACAGAUUCGUAAUGCAUGCAAGAAGGCCUUCUAAACCACCUAGAAGAAUACUUGCUGCCUUUUGUGAGUAAUAGUACUCAUGCUUCCUUUAACUAGACUAUAUUGUAGUACUUAUGAUAUUGUA